AUGGAGAAUAAUUCAGUGAGUGACUCCGCCCAGCCUCAAGAGGGUACGGAGGGCAUGUGGAAAACGUUGAUUACAACGCUGACCAACAUAGUGCAGAACAACAGCUCGAGCCUGGAGAUGAUCGUGAACAUGAUUAGAACCGACAUUACCUACGAUGAUCCUGGAUUAUUUCCGUCUUCUCUGCUCGUAACGGAAGCAGAGCGGCUUGCCUGUCGUGCGUGCAAUUUUUGGCUCAUCAAUCAAUUGCUUCAAAUCGCCACGAUGGACGUGUACAACAGUAUUAGUUCCAGCUACAUCCGAUUGCAAAAAGAAAUCGUAACGGCAUGCUUCCUCAAGCAACGAUGGUUGGCACUGGAAACUUCAGCAAAGUUUGUCCAACUUCUCGAGCAGCUUAACGAGUAUCGACCCGAAACAAGUGCAUCGAUGAACGUGUUCCAUGUACCGUACAAUUUUGCCGCUAUUCAAUGCGAGGGUUGUAAGUUUGCUGAUGUUCCAGUAGGAAGUGUGACGAGCUGCCGGAUGCUUCGAAUGUAUAGCCUCCAAGUACUUUGCGAAAUAAUCUCGAUCAUUGCCUGCGAAUCAGAAGGAGACGUGCAGACACUGUUGGCGGCAAGCGUGCGUGCGGCAUUGCACUGUCUGUCGGUGGGUGCUUUAGAAGAGAAAACAUUGUGUGUAUUGUUCGCACGAAAGUACCUAAAAUUUCGAUCCGAUGCGCUGGCUGUGGAAUGUUGUCUACAAACCGCAACGGAAGUAAUGACACAAUCUGCAAUCGCCAUUGGGCGAAUAAAAUCGUGGCAUGUGAAUCGCAUGGUGCGAACAAAGCAUGUCACCGAUUUUUUGAUGGUACUGACGGAUUUCUAUGGCACUCUGAAUGGAUUGAAUGGGUGGCUGAACUUGGAACCGGCCUGGAAGCAAAAACUAACGGCACUCGCAUUGGGUGCCUUGAGUAAAACGAAUGCAUCGUUGCAAGUUAGUGAACAAGCGUCGCAAGCAGCCGAAAAACUUAGCCAGCAGUUGGUACUGUUUCUCACCAACCUUAAGCCGCCCGAGAGAGAUGCCGAUGGGCUGUUUGCCUUAAUCGAACAUUGUCCGGAUGUGAUGAUGCUGCUGGAUCAUGGAAUUGUCGAACAAGUGAUCACGAUGGAGCCGGUGCCGGAAGGUAUCGAAUCGCUGAACGUUCACAACGCGAGCAGUAUUUGGGCCACAUUGUUAUCGGAGACGGAGCGCAGUCCGGCUACAUUAGAACGUGCUAUAGCACUGGCAAACAUCGUCAACUUCAAUUUUCAAUGCAGACGCAACGAGGCGGAUACAAGCAGCUUGAAAGAGUGCAUAUUUUUCCAGUCCAAACUAUCGCUUUUGAGUGUGGACAGCUUACUGAACGCUUCUGGUAAACGUUUCCCCGAGCUUGUUGACCUAUGUUUCGACGUAGUCCAUCUACCGGAUUUCAAAUUGCUCGAUGCAGAGCAGCAACUCACCUUGCUACACGUGUUGUUUACACCAUUCGAAGGAGCGUACCUUCCGAUGGCAAGUGUUGACCACAGCAGUGCACUCAUAGCUGAGAAGAUGAAGAAAUAUCACUGUAAGACGGUCACGGAGCAACUGCGUGCGGAAAGGCUACUUGAUCUGGAGAGCGAGAUUCUUGUUGCACUGCGACGCUUGAAAGAAGGUGCCGAGCUCGAGACUCGAUUAGCAUGGGCAAAUUUGCUGCCGACGGCCCUCAGACACUGCGAAUGCAUGCUCAGUGAAGAGAGUGUGUCCCAUUGGGCCACCUUAUUUGGAGAUGCAUCAGUCGAAGUGUGCCAAGCAAUGAGCAAGCAUGCGGACAUCGUAAUGCGCAUACUGGCGGAUAGGCUCGCUGAGGAUCUGGAACGGUACGAAAAAUGUAUUAGACUGCUGCUGGAGAACCUUCUGCGAGCUACGCGGCUCAGUUUAAAGGAAAAUCUUUCCUACACGCACCAGUGGGCAGUGCUUCGAUUAAUCGUCUCCGUGGCUGCCUGUCGUUUGAGGACGAACGAUCGAUCAUAUCAGGAAACGUUGAUGCACUCGGUGCGCAUGAUGCUUUUCUUCCUGAUACAACCGGAAUCGGAAGUAACGAACGAAGCGUCCCUGGCAGUGGAAGAAAUGUGCGCACGUCAAGAGGUCAGCCCGUGGAACGUGAUUUGCUGGUAUCGGCACGACAUCAUCAAACUAAUGACCGGUCUUGCCGUUCGGAACUACUGCCAUGCGGGCAUAAAGCUCUACCAGUCGCUAACCAUCGUCAGUCAUACGUUUGGGUGCCGCGAUCCAGUAGAAUUUGCCAGCAAAAACUACAAGCUCAUGAUGGCCAUGCUGGUCCCGUGGUGUCUGCGCUUUCCGAAGUGUGAGGAUCUGUUGCGAGAAAUGGCCGUGAUCGUGCGCAAGGAUCUUGUGGUAAUGCUUUCGGUUUCAUUCCUCACUAUCUACACGUACCUGUUUAUUAGCGAGUCGGCGGAUGUAACGAAGCGCUCCAUUGAUUACAUCAUAAAGCUGACCGGAAACAGCUUCUUUCAUUUGUUACACUCAGACAUAAAGGGUAGUUUAUCGGAGAUUUUAAUCUACUAUCACAUCAAUGCCGAGUGCGUGCUGCACGCGAUCCGCAGCUUGCUGUCGCGCAGCACCGAUAGCGACAAACAGGUACCAACGACCCGGAUUGCUGAAUACAUUGCUGAGCGCUUUCUCGGCGUCCUGGCAUACUUUGAGGCAACGCUCGUAGAUCCGGACGGUGAAAAGGAUCUUAAAUCCGAAGCACUGCUCAGCCUGGGCGACAUCAUCCGUCUGUUGGGCGGCGAGCACAUAACUCCGUUCCGAUUUAAAAUCAUUGCGCUACUACGGACGGCGCUGGCACUGCAUAACCCCGCUCUCACCGGGCACUGUGUGAAAAUCUGGCGCAUCUUCGUGUGUACCGUGGACGUGCGGCAAUUAGGACCAUUGUUGAGCACGAUCGUUGUGACGCUCGAGCCACUGCUGAGCCAGUAUCCAGAGGACGUGGACUACAUCUUCCGCUAUCUAGUGAUAGAGAACAACAGCAUUCUUGGGCAGUUCAUCGGCGAUCUGUUUUUCCUCGACGGUACGGCGGUAGCGAACGAUCUGAAGAAAGCGGUCGCACUAUAUACACCACAGCGGCACAACAGUAGCAGGAGCGAUGUUGCCGAUCGGUUCUCAGUACGUCUCGAGGAGCUGAUUCGACACUGCAAUCACGAGAAUCUGACGGUUCGUGCCUAUGCGCUAGCCCACUUGCGUCGGCUGUGCGAAGACAAUCGGGCAGAGCUGAAUGAAGCCAUAGUUGGCCAGCAUCAGCGCAUUGCCAUCGGCACGAUAGCUACGCUGGUGGAAACGCUGAUCCGAGGGCUGGGCGAGCAGGAUACAAACCUCCAGCUGCGGGCGGCCGAGUGUUUCGGUGAGCUGGGUGCUCUGGCGCCGAGCCACUUGCCCCCGAACUAUGCCCCACAGGGGCUGGGCUUUGCACUGAGCGUGCACUCUGAUGCGUUCGCGAUAAUUGCACUGCGGGAACUGUGUCAGGCAUACCAGCGCCAGAAGGACUCUAAGUUUGUCGAUAGUUUCUCGCUGGCGAUCCAGGAAAUUCUCACCGAGCGGGGUGUCUCGCCGGCGACAGGCAAAAAGUUGGACGUGUGGGAAACAAUCCCGGAGCGCCUGCGGCCCAUCAUGGAACCGCUACUGACGUCGUGUUACACAACUGUAGCAAAAGCACCGCCCUCCUUUCCACACCCCGUGUUCGCCAGUGUUCGCUCGAGCUGCGAGUGGUCCUACCAGUGGGCCUCGCAGAUGAUUGAAAGCAUUGGGAACGGGGUGACGCGAAAUUUGUUGCGUGCCUUUAAGCCGAGCCUGCGGUGCGAUGGUGGAACUAUGUCCCUGCUCCUGCCUUACGUACUGCUGCACGCGUUGCAGCUCGGUGCCGUUGACGACCGGCAGCGCGUCGUGGAAGAGUUGCGGGCGGUAUUCGAUGCGGCCGUCGCUGAAACGGAUAAUUGUUUCGCUGCCGUGCCGACGGCCGGAAUGUCGGACGUUCUCGGAGAGACGCUCGGUGAACGGACCGGCAACGUUGAAACGUUGGUUGGAAGCCAAAGCCACAACGAUAGUUCGACCACCGACCUGGCGUUACAGUGUGCCAAGUUCGCGUUCGGGUUGUUUGACUUUCUCGAACGCUGGAAACGGCAACAGCUCAAGAUGAGCGCGGGGAGUGGUGAUGGUGCUUCGAAACCGCAACCGCCCAGUUCCAGCAGCAGCAGCACCAGCCUUCGUCCGGAGGUGGCAGUCGUCGAUUCAUUUCUGAACUGUUUUGAUAGCGAUCUUUUGGCAAAGGUUAACUUCAAGUGUCACGAGUACGCCAGGGCGCUGCAGUACCUGGAGCAGCGGUCCAUCGGCGCAGAUCGGGGCCAACGGUUGCAGGCCAAAUUAUCGUUUCUGGCCGAAAUAUACUCCCGGCUCGGCGAUACCGACUCGAUCGAGGGUGUGAUGGCCCUGAAGGCCACCGAACCGACGCUGGCGGAGCAGAUCCUACACCACAACGCCACCGGUCGUCUGCAGGAGGCAGUGGCCUGCUACGAGCGGCAGUUGCAGGUGACCGGAGUUGCCGGUGAGCUGCCAAAGUUGGAAGCUUUAAACAGCAUGAUCGAAUGUUACUUGCGGCUUGAUCAGCCCGAAACGGCUUUGCUGUUGGCAGAAAGCCUCCUCGCUCGGUUCCACGACACGGUUCUACGUGAGCCGUUGCAGGAAAUUCAAGCCGAACCGUUGUAUCGGCUCGGACGGUUCGAGGAGCUGCAGGAACUGCUUACUCAUCGUGGCGAAUCGUCCGUGAGCUCUGAAAAACAGACACAGUACUGGGGCGUUAUUUGUGGGUCGCUGAUCGUCAAGUACCGGCAAACGGCAUUGGAUGAGGAUGGUUUUCGCUUCGAGGAGGAAGUGCAGCGUGCACGAUUGGAGGUGAUAAGGGGCGGUGGUGUCGGUGGCACGGGUCGCACCGAGUCCCGAACCUUGGAUGAACUGGGAACGUACGAGAAGCGCUACGAGCAAGUGCUGAAGCUACACAUUAUCGGUGAGUUUGAAAAGUGCGGUCAGAUGAUGCGCCGCUUGCGGCUGCAAGGGGCCGACGGCCCGGAGCUGAUUCGAGACGUGCAGCAGCUGAUCGAUGGUCUGAACGCGCGGCUCGUGGUGUUGCAACCGAACGCGGCCACCCUAGAGCCAAUCAUCAGUCUGCGGCGUAUCUUGCUGAGAGAACUGAAGCUGACACUCGCCCGGAAUGAACCGCCGUCGAGUAGUCGGGAGGCGAGGGCGCCCUUGCAUCAGCUGAUCGAUCGCCAGAUCGGUGAGCUGUGGAUGAAGAGCACCGAGCUGGCGUCUCGUGCAAAUAUGUACCAGCAGGCGUUGUUGUACAUUUUGCACGCCGAAAGCUACCGGCCACCGGAUCUGUUUAUUAAAAAUGCCAAACUCCUGUGGGAUCGGCGCGAUAUGACCGGUGCACUGAAGGUUCUCGAGCGGGGUGUGAAUGAGAUCCUGAGCGAAGUCGCACUAUCCGCGACCGAUGUGGCUGCCUCGCUGAAAACCUUGUCGCCCGAGAGUCGCCUGAUCUAUGCUGAAGGGAAACGGUUGAUCGCGGCGUACAAUGCGGAAGCUUCCAACAUUUCCACCACGCUCAACCAUCGCUACUUCAAGGAGGCGGUGGUAGCCAAUCCGGAAAGUGAGGCUACGCUCGUGCACCUCGCGCAGUACGUUGACAAGCUGUACGCCUCAUGCCCGGCCAACGAACAGGACUCUCAGAAGGGACUGGAGCUCCUGCUGGAGGUUAUGACUUCGUACGGCAAGUCGAUGAUGUACGGAUCGACCUACAUUUAUCAGUCGAUGCCGCGCUUGUUGAGUAUUUGGCUCGAUUGUACCGCCAAAAUUCUACCGAGCAGCGGGUCCGAAUCGGAGGCGGGAGGUCCAUCGCACGCGAACCGCAAGAUAGCACAGCACAUGAAUAAGAUGGCGCACAAGUUUCGCGAAACACUGUCGCCGUACUUCUUCUUCACCGCCUUCUCGCAGCUCAUCAGCCGCGUGGCACACCCGUCGCAAGACACGUACCAGGUGUUGAAGAGCAUCAUCGUGAAGCUGAUGCUCAACUAUCCGCAGCAGACGCUCUGGAUGAUGCUGAGCGUGUACAAGUCGUCGUACGUAAACCGGGUGCGUCGUUGCGUGGAAAUCUUCAACGAUCGCCACCUCCAGGUCGGCGAGAUGCCCAAAUUGAUCAAAGAUUUCAACAUAGUGGCCGAUCGGUUCAUUGAGCUAACGAACAAAGAGAUCCCCGGUGGCACUGGUAGUCGAGCGACCUCCACGAAGGUAACGGUGUCCUCGCUGGUCAAGAUUUUGCCAAAGCUGCUCGCCGACAGUAGCAUGUCCCAAGUGCUGAUUCCGAUCCAGAGUUGCAUGCAGCUGGUGCUGGACAAGGGUUCCGGCAAACUCUUCAAACCCUACCCGAUGAACGCAAUUUACAUGCAGGGUAUUGAAGAGGAAGUGACGGUGCUCAACUCGCUACAGAAACCACGCAAGAUCACACUUCGGGGGCACAACGGGCGCUUGUACACGAUGAUGAUGAAACCGAAAGAUGAUUUACGGAAGGACUUCCGGCUGAUGGAGUUCAACGCGGUGGUCAAGCAGUACCUCUCGCAGGACCCGGAUGCCAAGCUCCGUCGGCUACACAUUCGCACGUACGCCGUGCUGCCCCUCAACGAAGAGUGUGGCAUCAUCGAGUGGAUUUCGAAUUUGAAUACGUUCCGGGGAAUCGUGUGCACAUACUACAAGCAGCGCGGAGCAAUCAUGGGUGCGAAAGAGCUGCGUAUGUACAACUACACCCGCAACGAGCCGAUUAACCGAAAGCGCGACGCAUUUCUGAACGUUCUGUUGCCCCGGCAUCCGGCAGUGUUUGGCGAAUGGUUCCGUGACUGUUUCCCCAAUCCGCACAACUGGUUUCAGGCACGCUCGUCGUACAUCAAAACUACCGCUGUGAUCUCGAUCGUCGGGUACAUUCUCGGUCUGGGCGAUCGGCAUGGCGAGAACAUUCUGUUCGACUCGUCCAACGGCGACACGGUUCACGUCGACUUUAACUGCUUGUUCAAUCGAGGCGAAACGUUCCAAAUCCCGGAGUGUGUCCCAUUCCGUCUGACGCAUAACAUGGUGGACGCUAUGGGACCGCUGGGCGUCGAGGGACUCUACCGCAAGUGUUGUGAGAUAGUGCUGCGCGUGCUGCAAAACCAAACGCCCACACUCAUGUCCGUCCUACGACCUUUCGUGUACGAUCCGAUCGUCUCGUGGAGUAAGGUGGGUUCCGGGCCGGUUGACUCGGGCACCAAAAACAGUACCGAGCGUACGGAUUCGGCGGCCCUGCAGAAUGUGCUCAAUAUCGAGGAACGGUUGAAAGGAUUCGUGAAAAUUAAUGGUAAAACAUCGCAUAUGGCACUGUCGAUCGAAGGGCAGGUCAGUCACCUCAUCAAGGAAGCCACCAACACGGACAAUCUGGCGCAGAUGUACAUCGGCUGGUCGCCAUUCAUGUAA